ACACUGUUAACCACUGUUGAAUGUUUUGGUUUUUAUCAAUAAAUCACAAUCGGUUAUUGAUUAAGAUUUUGAGGUUAAUUAAUCGUGUUCGGCUCGACGAGUAUUCCAUCAUAAGAUAACUAAAAAUAUUUGAAACAUUAAAAAUGGACGUGGAUAAUGCCGACCAAUAUUUUGCGAGUUAUGAAAAUCUGGAUGUGCAUAAGCUUAUGCUUGAAGAUGAGCCCAGAACACUUGCAUACAGAAAAGCGAUUUUGGAUAACAAAGCUUAUUUUAAAGACAAAAUUGUAAUGGAUGUUGGAUGUGGCACUGGAAUAUUAUCCAUAUUCUGUGCUCAAGCUGGUGCCAAAAAAGUUUAUGCAGUUGAAGCUAGUAACUUGGCCAUUCUAGCAAAAAAAAUAGUUGAGGAAAACAAGUUUGAAGAUGUUAUAGAGGUUCUCCACAAAAGAGUUGAAGAAGUUAUACUACCAAACUACCUGAAGGUAGAUGCCAUAGUAUCAGAGUGGAUGGGCUUCUAUUUACUGCACGAGGGCAUGUUGGACUCAGUCCUGUAUGCUAAGGAGUGGUUCUUGAAAGACGAUGGAGAAAUAUUUCCAGAAAGCGCUAUUAUUUAUGUUGCUCCAUGUAGCGUUCCAUCAUUAUAUGAUAACUGGAACAAUUUCCAUGGAGUGUCAAUGAAAUCAUUUGCCAAAGAGCUCAGAGCAACUAAAGGGAGCAAGCCAGAAAUACUUAAUGUAGGACCAGAGGACUUGAUGGGGCCUGAAGUGGCAUUCUGCUGGGUCAAUCUGAAGGAUGAAGAGCCACUGGAACUUAAUAAUUAUACCUUGCAACAUGUUGUUGGUGCGAGCAAAAAUGGUAACUACCAAGGCCUCUGCAUAUGGUUCGAGUGCAAUUUCCCACAGCUUGCUGACAGUACAGGAGACGGUCGCACAGUUCUGGACACAAGUCCACAGAGCGCGGCUACACAUUGGAAACAAACCGUCAUAGUGUUGCCGGAACAGCACCAGGUGGAGCAAGGAGAACCUAUUGCAUUCCAGUUGGAUAUGAAUCGAGCUCAUUCUAAGAGCAGAAGGUACAAUCUACAGUUAACGAUGCUUGAUCCAGAAACUGAAGAGCAUCCGUUACCAUGCACAUGCCACAUGACAAAAUGCAUAUUAACCAAGGCCUACAUGGAGCAGCAUGCUGAACAAGCAAAAAUUUACAGAAUAGCAGUAUAUGAAAGUCCAAAAAGAUAUUCCACUGUCCUAACAGAUGAAGAUAUAAUUGAUGAGGGUGAUUAAAAACCUUUUCUUAA